AUGUGGGUGAGGAAGCCAAGCUGGGGACUUGAUAAGUCACAUGACUUUUUUCUGUUUCCCUCCCAGCUAGAAGCUGGCCACUCAGGCCGGUUGGAGAAAACAGAAGAUCUGUGGUUGAAGGUUCGGAAAGAUCAUGCCCCACGCCUGGCUCGCCUUUCUUUGGAAAGCCGUUCUUUACAGGACGUCUUGCUGCAUCGUAAACCUAAACUGGGACAGGAGCUAGGCCGGGGCCAAUAUGGUGUGGUGUACCUGUGUGACAAUUGGGGAGGACACUUCCCUUGUGCCCUCAAGUCGGUCGUCCCUCCAGAUGAGAAGCACUGGAAUGACCUGGCUUUGGAGUUCCACUACAUGAGGUCUCUGCCGAAGCACGAGCGCUUGGUGGAUCUGCAUGGCUCGGUCAUCGACUACAGCUACGGCGGCGGCUCCAGCAUCGCUGUGCUGCUCAUCAUGGAGCGGCUGCACCGGGACCUCUACACUGGGCUGAAGGCCGGGCUGAUGCUGGAGACCCGUCUGCAGAUAGCACUAGAUGUGGUGGAAGGGAUCCGCUUCCUGCACAGCCAGGGACUCGUGCACCGUGAUAUCAAGCUAAAAAAUGUCCUGCUGGACAAGCAGAACCGUGCCAAGAUCACUGACUUAGGAUUCUGCAAGCCAGAGGCCAUGAUGUCAGGCAGCAUUGUGGGGACGCCAAUCCAUAUGGCCCCUGAACUUUUCACAGGGAAGUAUGAUAAUUCCGUCGAUGUCUACGCCUUUGGCAUUCUCUUCUGGUAUAUCUGCUCGGGCUCUGUCAAGCUCCCUGAAGCAUUUGAGAGGUGUGCCAGCAAAGACCAUCUCUGGAACAACGUGCGGAGAGGGGCCCGGCCAGAGCGUCUUCCUGUGUUUGACGAGGAGUGCUGGCAGUUGAUGGAGGCCUGCUGGGACGGGGACCCCUCUCAGAGACCUCUCUUGGGCAUCGUCCAGCCCAUGCUCCAGGGCAUCAUGGACCGGCUAUGCAAGUCAAAUUCUGAGCAGCCAAACAGAGGACUCGAUGAUUCUACUUGAAAGCAAAGACCUUUCUCCUUUACUCUCUAUUUCUUCCCCUCACCUUUUGGCCAUGGGAAGAAUUUGACAUUUAUUCAGAGAGCUCCCGAGGGAACUGAUGCUUGCUGGGCAGCUUGAGACCUUCCCAGGCAGUGGUGCCUCCUGGAUAGUGAAGAGUUGGCUGGCUGUGGGUCACGUUCAGCAGCUCACUGAUGCCCCAAGCCAUCCCAUUAGCAAAAGAUUGUCUAGGACACGUAAACGCCGAAGAAUGCAAUGUUCCAGCCUCAGAACUGAAAAGGAGGCAAAUGUACCAAUUGUCUGUUCACUGUAUGUUGCUAAGACAGGCGGGACACUGCAGUGGCGAUAGUAUUAAAAACUAUAAUUUUCGUAAUUUUGGCUCUAGCUAGGAAUAGUUUGGUUCUAUCGCAUCGUCAGGACCCUUAGGAAAUUUGAACUUAGUUCCGGGAUUGUGAGAACGUAGGAGCAAAACAGCGACUUGCUGCUCCCCGCACCCGGAUCUCAGGUUGCAGCGGCCAGAGGACCCAGUGAGGGGGCUGGAAACAGAGCUUGUCUGUUCAUUCUGGUGCCAGUGUGUUUACAUUUAUAGGACUGACUUCUGGGGGUGGGUGUCACAGUUCCAUCACCAAGAGGCCACAAAAAGAAAAAAAAAUGUGAAUACACAUGUAUAUAUAUACACAUAUGUGAUUGGAUUUUGAGUUACUGCUAACCCCAGGAUAGAAUCUCUUCUUCUUCCCUUUGGUCUUGAUUUUUUCCCCACCGUUUUUGGUCUCAAGAUGGGGAAACUCCAGUUAACAUGGUAUCUGGGGAUGAGUAUCUGAGUAAAACUGACCGGUACGGAGUAACUGGUGAGACCGGAGACGUGGGCAGUGAUCUGGAGGCCGUGGGCUUCCCUGCAAACCUACUAGGAGGAUACCAGGUUGUUUCUAAAACUUAGAAGGAUCAAAAAUUCCCAUUUUUGUGUUUGAAUCUAACCCACUGAUGUUUUUAAAUUCCAUCAAUGAGCUUUUUAACCAAGAUUUCUUUUGCAACUCGUCCCUUCAUUUUACUUUAUUUUGAAUAUAACUUAAGAAGGAAAGCACCAGAUGAAAGAGAAUGCUUUUUGUAGCUCUGUGUGUUCCUUUCACAUCUGUGUGUGCGCGUCUGGGACAGUCCCUCCCCUUCGGCUGGGAGGCGUGCUGGUGGGCUUUUGGAGCGUGUGUCAGGAAGUGUGCCUAGGUGGGGAAAUUCUGGAGGGGGACAAUUUACAUGUUGAUGCAUCUCAGAUCUUGACUUAAAGCCUCACUCAACCGAAAUGGUCCAUUUGAUUUAGAACACCAGGUGGGUGAAGGAAUAGACAGUGGAGGUGAGUAGCCUCCGUCCAUCUGCCUAAUUUCCAAGCACUGUGGUCUCUCCCCUGUGCCUGGCCCCCAAGUCUGUGAAGCAGGUCCCUGAGUAGGUGUGUAAGGAAAUGGGCAGAUUUGCUGCUAGAAUUUUGUAGGGUUGUUUCUGAGAGAAUGACCAUCUUUUAAACGUUGAGUAUAAAUGACAUCUACAAGAAAUUUUUCAUAUAACUCUUAAAGUUCAGUUUUCACUCUUUGACUCUGCUGGGCUCUGAUGAUGAUACACUUGAGCGUAGUAAGCCUCCAAGCACUUGGAGCCCUUUAGAAACUCCGUACAGUGCUAAGAACCUUUUUACUUGCAAACGGUAAAGUGACCGACCCAGUGUCUUUGGGUUCUGUAUGAGCUCCAGCCUUGUUCUGGUGGAAUGUUCAGUAGAUCUCUUAGAAUUGUUAACAGCCAUUUGUAGCUUUACUUCUUCAAGUCACUCUAUUCUUGUCUGCAUUAACUUGUUUGUCCUCCUGGGGACUAUGAUGGGGCUUCCAGGAAGCCAGGUUUUCAAGUUUAAAAAGGAGAGGUGAAUAGUGUCUACCUGCCGAAAAAUCAGUCUGUUCUGUACGAAAUUUCAGGAAAGGUCUUCUAUAGUUCCCUUUCCCAGAGACUCUUCCUUUACUCCAGCUCAAAUCAGGAGUCUGUGCUUACGUUGUGGAAGCCACAUUUCUAACAUUCUUCCAAAGUCUUAGUUCCUACCCCCAUUCAUGCAGGGGCUGGUGGGGGGGGGUAGGUUUUCCUCUACCCAGUGUCCCUUUUCAGUUUGUCCCCUCCCUGCAGCUUAAUCUGCUCUCAGGCACCAGUUUCCUAGCAGAUUCCCACAUUUUUUGCCUGAGUGAGAAGGGAGGAUGGGAGGGACUAAUGCUAAGUAAGACAGUAGUUGUUGUUAACAAUUCAUUACAAAAAAGUAUUUUGAGAAAAGGUGCAAGAUAUUCCUGAAGAUCUCCAGGCCAGCCAAAGUCCAUGUAGAGAUAUUUGGAGGUGUUUUUUGAACACUCAGCGGGCUGAGUGUGGGAAUACAUAUAUAUAACACAUACAUACUUUGCUUUUGUUUUAUAACAUUGUCAGCUAAUUUGGGAUUCUUUGUUCCUUGGCACCCAUUAUUACUAAAGUGAUGGAAUGCCAUGAAAUGUACUGUACUGUAUAUUACUUGGGAAGACACUAGGUAUUCAAAGAAGUCUGGGGGCACUUGGGCUGUAGCGGGCUCAACAAGACCAAAGUCCUAAAGAUUUUACCUCCUAGCUUUGGUUGUAUGUGCUCCCGAGUGGUGAGGUGAGAUUGUGGCUGGGGGAAGAGGAAGGAUGGGACGGGUUACCCUUACUGUGUUCUGUCCUUCUAAUCAACUUCAUUAGGGCAACUUACCCCAGCCUGAAAAUGAUCACCUGGCCAUUUUUAACACGCUUGAAGUCCAGUCACUUGCGUUACUUCAGAACUGAGUGAGGGACCUUCUUGCAGAGCAAUCAAGACAUGGCGGAGCGUGGGGCCCCGGAGCGGCUGACCCUGUGCCUGGGGAGCUGGCAGGGAGGUCAGUCUGGCAUGAGUUGGGGAAUGCUUGUCUGGCUGAGGUUUCCAUGGGCGGGCCCUAGUUCCUUGACCCUCUGUAGAGAGUGGCUCGUUGAUUGAGCAAGCCUUCCACUUCUCUAGGAAGGAGGGCUGUGCGGGUUCUUCCCAGACCAAAGAGAAUCACUUGUGACUCCAUCAAUUUCAAGGGGACAGAGCCUAUGUAGCAGCUUCUCCUAAUUUUUAACACUAAAAUUCAAGGAAACAGUGAAGGAAAGGACAUAUUACUGCCACAGAUGGAAACGGGGGGACUGGUAGAACUCUCCCCCAGUAUGUGUCAGCUCUCCGGUGCAUCUUGGUGCAUCUUUGCUGAGCUGCCAAAGAUGGCUUGGAAGUUGUUUCCAGACGGGAGAAGGGGUUUGGGGCAGCAGGGCUCCAAAGUAGUAACUGCACUGAAUGACACUUUAAUUUUUUUGGCUUAUUAUUUAGCACUGAGAAGCCAAGAGGGAUCGGUGAUUAUAGUAGCACUAAGGGGGCAGAGGUCCCCUGUGGCCUCGCUUUGGAGAGGAGGCAGGCUCGCUGUUCAUCUGGCUAAUCAGGGAGUCUCUGAAGCCCAGACUGCUUCGCAGCAGGAUAAAGGGCCCUUGAAGAGUCCUUCGCCAAAAGAGUAGUUGCUUUCUUUGAGUUUUCAAAGUUUGACUUCUGAAUUUGCUGGAUCAAAUAACCCACUUUUUCUUUAAAAGAAAAAAGUGGGUUUAUCCUUCUAAAUAUGGGGGGGGACGGUUAGGGCUAGCGCUGUAUUUAAGUGGGUGAGGAGGGAGCAACCUUCAGAAACUUGCAUCGCAAACUCCUUUGGAGGUUGCAAGGAACACUGCUGUUCUUAAAAGGGUUUUAUUUUUAACUUCAUCUGCUUUGUUAACAUCCAGUCCUGUCGAGAUGCACGUGGAGACCAUGGGAAUACCUGGCCACCCGACUCAGAGGGUUGAGAAGGAAACCGGUCUGGACAGCAUGUUGUCUUUUAUCCUUAUGUAAUAUUUUGUUUGUUUUAAAGGACUAAUGUCUAUUACAGUGUUAAUAAAAGUGUAACAUACUAAGUGUGUAGAAUAAAAGUGCAAUAACAAGAGGAAGUUACCUUGGCACAAACCUCAGUCGUUCACUCUCCCUUCCUGUGCUCUUUCCAUAAUACGGCAGACGAGACUGUGUUGUUUUUAAGAGUCAUACCUAUGGGUUAAAUCUUCAUCUAGUGUCGUUUUGGGUGGUUGGGUUUGGUUUUAUAGAGUGUUCUGUAUCCUUGUGGGGUUGCAGAUACCACACGUGCUGUAGAAUAAAGAUCACAUUAACGUUUGAAGCUUA